AUGCAUCCGUGCAUCACCGACAUCCAUCCCGCAUUCCCAGCCUCGACAUGCAGCAUUGUCAUGUGCGAGCUCAGUUUCGUCGUCGGCUGCGGUCUUGCCGCUCUUUGGGGCCUCGACGUGCGCCUCGACGUCUUGUUUCCGCUCAUCUCUUCCGACCUUGACAGGUGGGUCAUCGUGCCCGUCGCCAUCCUCGGCUUGCGUAGUUGA